AUGAAAAUAAUGUCUCCCUGGUCGACACAAAGUAUAGCCAACCUUCUAAUGCUUCCCUUACUCCCAGCCCAAGCGUCAACAGAGACCCCAACUCUCCUCCCAACCCCACCAAUGGGCUUCAACAACUGGGCGCGAUUCAUGUGCGAUCUGAACGAGACCCUAUUCACAGAAACAGCCCAGUCAAUGCUCACCCGCGGUCUCCAGCGCGCAGGCUACAACCGCCUCAAUCUAGACGACUGCUGGAUGCGCCAUGACCGCGCCGCCGACGGCUCGCUGCAGUGGAAUACCACCUUAUUCCCGCACGGCAUUCCCUGGUUGGCGGAGUACGCCGCCAAUCAUGGCUUCCACCUUGGGAUCUAUGAAGAUGCCGGGAAUCUAACCUGUGGCGGGUACCCGGGCUCUUAUGGGUAUGAACAGCAGGACGCGGAGACAUUCGCUAGCUGGGGGAUUGACUAUCUUAAGUUGGAUGGGUGUAAUGUCUGGGCUGAGGGGAAACCGCUAACCUUUUCUGAGUCUGCGCCGGCUUAUUUUGCGGACAAUGCCUCUGAUUGGGCUGUUGUUAUGGAUUGGGUGCCUCGUUAUGGCGAGUUGGCGAGACAUUCGACUGAUGUUUUGGUUUACGUUGGCGAGGGCAGUGCUUGGGAUAGUAUUAUGAAUAAUUAUGACUAUAAUACCCUGCUGGUGCGCUACCAGGCUCCCGGGUAUUAUAAUGAUCCUGAUUUCCUGAUUCCUGAUCAUCCUGGCUUGACACAGGUUGAAAAGGAGUCGCAUUUUGCGCUCUGGGCUUCGUUUUCUGCGCCGCUUAUUAUCAGUGCUUAUAUUCCUGCGCUGUCUGAUGAGGAUAUUGCCUAUCUUAGCAAUUCUGCUCUUAUUGAGGUUGAUCAGGAUCCUUUGGCUGAGCAGGCUGCUUUGGUUAGUCGUGAUGGGACCUUCGACGUGCUGACUCGCUCGUUGGCGAAUGGGGAUAGACUUCUCACUGUGCUGAACCGCGGCAAUACAACUGCGAGGACGAGUGUUUCUCUUGCCCGUCUUGGUUUGUCGUCUCAGUCACACUGCGAGUACCGCGCUCGCAAUCUCUGGACCGGUCAUGUUUCGACUAUACAUGCUGCUGUUGAUAUCAAGCUCGAUUCGCAUGCUACCAGUGUCUACCGUAUCACACCGAAGCAUUGCGCUGCUAUCAUACCUACGGGAAUGGUAUUUCACACUCCGUCUGGUUUGUGUAUGACGGCUUCUUCUGGGAAAGCCACCUUUGAAGAGUGCCGUGCCUUGGACUCUCAGGUUUGGAGUGUUGAUGCUAAAGGGAGCAAGCUGGCUUUGAGUCCACUGUCUGAUCGAACGGCUUGUCUUGCUGCUUCAGAGAAUGGGAAGAGAGUUUCUCUCGCCAAGUGUGAUGGUGCUCGCACGACUUGGUCGCACUAUGUUACUGGUCAUUUGCGGAACGAGCAUGUCGGCGGCUGUCUGACUGAGGGGUCUGGGGGUGGGAGUAUUGCGUCUUGUGUGGUGGAUAGUGCUGCGCAGAUUUUUGGGUUGCCUAGUGGUGUAAACCUACGCGGGAGUGUCAGUACAUCCUAG